UUUCUUGCCUUAUUUUCUGAACAACCACCACUUGACUGCUCUGUGCAGUUUCAUGCAGCUCUUCUGCCUUAGUGGGCUGCAUGUGCAGAUGCUUUUCCUGAAAGUGUGGAGGUGGAGCAGCAAUCAGAGGGCAAGGACCAUGCCUGUGUACCUUUUUUAUCCAUUUGUUUAGGUUUUGGGGCAGAGAAAUGGAAACAGAAAAGUUUAAUAAGCAUCAUUUUCAGCAGCAUGGUUCUGUGAAUCUUAUACUUGCAGAGUUAAAAAGAUAAAAAACUGAGAGAAACAAUUUGAAAUUCACUAAGUUUUAUGGUUUUAUCAGUCAAUUCAGACAUGUUGAUAUGCUUACCAAAAAUCCCAGUGUUACUGAGUUAUGCUAUUGAGCAAUCAUUUAUCCAUCCAGUUUUUCAGAUUUUGAUGCUAUUUGAGACUUUAAAGUGAGUUACCUGAUGAAAUUAUCAAACUAACUUGACUUGCCUCCUAUGUGCAUUAGAAUUUCAUUUCUUCAUAUGUUUUUUUGCCCUUGUUUUGUCCAGCCAGUCCCAUCUGCUUAAAAGAAAGCAAGCACUAUUCUAUUUCUUGCUUGUGCAUAGAAUCGUUUGUUAAGUUUUUAAGCUUUGCAACCCCUGAAAGCUGUUGAUGCACCCAUGCCAUCAGUGAGGGUAUGAUUUAUACACUUAAGACUACCAGAAUUAAGAUGACUUAAGCCUUGAGGUUGCCUAUUAAUAAGGGUGAUUAUAAUGCAACUUAAAAAAAAAGAAAACAAAGAGAAAAAACUCCUGCUGAGUAAGGCUUGGCCUUAACCAAGAGGGUUAACCUGAGCCUUGCCUUUUGGACACUGUGGGCAGCGUGUUUUCCUGCUGCUAGAUGAGACCUGUGGGCAUGCUGAAAGUAGGAUGAGGUGAAGUUAUUUCACAAAAGCUUGUGAUGAAGCUUGCAAGGAAGGGAAAAGCAAGGAAGCUCUUUUGUUAUUGUGUACUUUAAUACCUUCAGUAUACGUGAGCAGCAGCUCUUUGCAUAAAUCUUGCUCGAUCUCCUCUGACACAAAUACUAUUGCAAGAGCUCACCAGUUAAGAUGACAGAUAUUAAGUUUGGUUGUUUUGGACAGAUGAGGAAACCUGCUUUUGUAAUGAAGGUUUCAGGCCAUAGGAGUGGGAAGCAAAUGCGGCAGCUGAAGAGGACAGGGAAAGAGCAGCAUCUUCAGAAAGGUGUGAAGCAAAUGAUGAACGUGGUGUUCACAGGGUGGAAAGGGUUCCUGGCUCCCCUCCGCCCAGGGUGUGUGUCAUGUGCUCUGCUGUAAAACCAGGGCUCGUUUUUUUAUCUGUUGCAGAGACAGGCUCAGCAUGUAUUAGAAAACAGUGCCUGGUUCCAAGCUGUGCAUGUAUUGCUUGGCAUAGCAAUGUGCUUGCUGCCUGGCCUGGUGUCAAGCUAAACAGAGCAGACAUUGCUAAGCAGGUUUGGGCUUUUUUUGUGGGUUUGUUAUUUUGUUGUUGUUGUUUUGGUUUAUUUUCCAGUGGAGACACUAAUUUGGAUUUCUCAACUUAACUAUUCCUUCCUCCCUGCACUCCCUGGUCUUUCAAGAGCUUCAUCUCAGGAGCUGGCAUCAGAAUUUCUCUGAGGAAAGAGAGUUACACGAACACUGUAUGUCCAGGCAAGCACUGAGAGAGGGAGAGCAUGGCUUGGAGCACAGAGCUGGAGUGAACAUGGGACUGAGAAAUGGGAGCAAAUGAAGUUCCCAUUCUGUGUUUCUGUUCAGUUCAGGAAAAGAGAACUUUGCUUACGUGCAUUAUAAAUAACUUUGAUAGGUUUUUGCCUCCUGCUGUUGUCUGUGGUGUUGGGACCUGAAGAUUGAUGAGCUAUUUAGGUUGCGUAGACAAAGUAUUGGAAUGAAACUUGAGAACUUCAAAUUCUGUUCCUAGAUCUGUUCAUAGCUUGUCUGUGUCUCUCAGGAACUAACUUGCUUUAUCUCUCUGGGCCUAAUCAACCCUGACAUUGACUUUUCAAAAGAGCUUGAAGACUGAAUAAAAGCCAAGUUGUAGAUGGCAGGUAUGACUGUUUCUGUUGAGUUCUUUCCCUGUAUUUUCUUCCCACUCCUAUGGUCUAAAACUUCCAUUAGAAAAGGAGGUUUUCUGAGCUGACCAAACACCUACCAUCUCUGCCUAUGAGCUCUUGGAUAGUAUUUGUCAGAUAAUAAUGAGCAACUUGCAUGGAGAGGUACUGCUCACAUCUAAUGAAGAUAUUGGAAGAAGGAAAACUGAUUUUCCCCAAAACAACCUGCUUGCAAAAAGUGCACAGUUCUUGAAGUUGCAAUGGAAGAGUCGUGGUUUUCCUCCUGGACCAACCCCAUUUCCCAUCAUUGGAAACAUGUGGUGGAUAAAGUUUAGAGCUGAUCAUGGGAGCCUGAGAAAGAUGGCAAAAACCUAUGGUAACAUCUGCACCUUGUGGUUGGGUCACAGACCUGUGGCGGUGCUCUAUGGGUUCCAAGCUGUGAAGGAUGGUCUCACCACCAACUCAGAGGAUGUUUCUGGGCGACUACAGACCUAUGUCUUCAACAAGUUGGCAAAUGGAAAGGGUAUCUUGGUCUCAAACGGUCUCAUCUGGAAACAACAGAGACACUUUGGAAUCGGAGCUCUCCGAAAACUGGGAAUGGGGAAUAAAGGAAUGGAGCGCGGGAUACAAACUGAGGCCCAUUACCUGGUUGAGUUCUUCAGAGACAAAGAUGGAAAAGCUGUUGACCCUUCCUUCCCCAUUGUCCAUGCUGUCUCUAAUGUGAUCUGUGCUGUGGUUUUUGGACAUCGCUUCUCCCUAGAAGAUGAAACCUUCCGUCAGCUGAUUGAAGCAUACAAUGCUAUAGUGGCUUUUGGGAACAGCCGCGUUUAUUUUAUCAGUGAAAUUUUCACCUGGGCUGCAGAGCGUCUCUCAGGAUCUCUACAGAAAGCAAUAUUUUCACGGGAUUUUGUUUGUUCCUUUGUAAGGCAGGAAAUCAAAAGCCACAGGGAAAAAGGCAGAAUAGGUGAACCAGAAGAUUUCAUUGACUUUUACCUGGAUCAGAUAGAGAAAACUAAAAAUAUCCCCAAUUCUACAUUUGAUGAAGACAACAUGGUGCAGUCUGUUUUUGACCUCUUCUUUGGUGGCACAGAGACCACAGCCACCACUCUGCGUUGGGCUCUGCUCUAUAUGUUGGCUUAUCCUGACAUCCAAGAAAAAGUUCAGAAGGAGUUGGAUGCUGUUCUGAGUCCCUCCCAUCUCAUCUGCUAUGAGGAUCGGAAGAAGCUGCCGUAUACAAAUGCUGUGGUUCAUGAGAUCUUACGCUUCAGUAGCAUUGUUUUAAUCACGAUUCCUAGAGAAGUAGUGAAGGAUACAACUGUUUUGGGGUAUCGGCUUCCAAAGGGCACUCUAAUUAUGGCAAACAUAGACUCUGCUCUUUUUGACCCUGACUACUGGGAGACUCCUCACCAGUUCAACCCUGGUCAUUUCUUGGACAAGGAUGGAAAUUUUGUGACCCGAGAGGCCUUCUUAGCCUUCUCAGCAGGCCACCGUGUUUGUCUGGGAGAGGUGCUGGCCAAGAUGGAGCUUUUCAUCAUCUUCUGCAGGCUGUUGCAGACAUUCAAGUUCACUGCACCAGAAGGAGUUAAGGAAGUCAACACAGACUUUAUCUUUGGGAGCACCAUGAAACCCCAUCCAUACAAGCUCUGUGCAGUUCCGCGCUAGGCUACAGGGUGUUAGAGAUUUAAGAAAGAGGCAUGGCCACAGGUUUGCUGAUAUUUGUGCUGCUUUUAUGGCUUUCAUUUUUACAUCAAAUUCAGUGUGAAUCUGUCCUUGCUGUGUUAUAGGGCUAAGAAGCCAGCCUUGAAAAAUACUCUGCUUUUCCCCACUUCUGGAAAAUGUCUCUACUUCUUUUUCUUUCCCUGCUGUGUUGCCAAUGAAAUAAACAUAGACAAUUUUCUAGUCUUA